CCCAUACACACCCAUACUCACCCAUACAUCCACACCCGGCAUCCAUUUCAUGCGAGGAAUCGACAGGCAUUUAUGGGUACAACCAAGCCUGAUUAGGGCGCCUCGGUAACCCCAUCAUAUCCCAAAUCUUGAUCUGGAUAUUCCAUUGUAUCAGAGUCGCUAGCAUACCUAUCUGCUUCCUAUAUCAGAUCUUUGCCCCCCGCCCACACUGCAACCCCUCUCUGACUUACUCACACUACCAAAAUACACACCACGCACCACAUUAUACACUACUCACAUUCACCCUUCAACACGCAACAAAUUCAACCACCACGCAAAACCCAAAGCUGACGAGACACGACAUAUAAAUUUCAGACCAGCCCAAGCCACAUUCCGUUGAUGACUACAUAGGAGCACCUGACCCUCUGACCCCCUUCGUAAUCACCAUAUCCAUCCCAUCCCAUAUCGCCGAGCGAGAGCCACAUACCACGCCCUCGAUCAUUGCAGAAGCCGGGGCCCUCUCGAUCCGAUUAGCCCGGGCGCGAGUCAUCGACUAAGAGAUUUAUACAAAGCCAGUCCGGAUCGCCACUAGUAUUGGCACAUCAAUAGUUUUUUGCAACUAGUAUGUUGGCCAUACAACGUCAGACUGAGAAUCAACAUCCGCAAACACUAGAUAUUCCUCGGAAUCAAUCUUGGUCGACGCCCUCAAACAUCAUCAAUAACAACAAUCUGAACAACAUCUUCUCCUUUGGAGUCGAUCAACCCUUGUUCGACUAUCAACCAACUCAAUUCGCCUCGAGCUCUCCCCAACCGCUGAUGCAGGCGGAUCAAAACAACACCUGGCUGUCGAACGGGCAGCUCACUCCAACUUCCACGACGAGAGCACACCACCGCGAGUCCUCGCUGUCCUCGUACGGCUCAGCAGGACCAGCUUCUCCAUAUACGGUCAACAGUUCCAACCCUCAAGUUGCGGGCGAUAUCUAUCAUGAAUUUCAAGACUUUCAUCACCCAGUCUCGAAGCCGAUAACACCCAUUCACACGCCCCUUCAAGAGAACUUCAUUCCACCGCCGUACCCCAAUUACUAUCAGAAUUCGCCAUUGAAUUUCAGUAUGGCACAGGAUGGCCUUCCAAAGCAGAUGGGCAACGCAGAACUGAUGCCUGCUGCAGAGAUACGCAACGGUAGGAGAUCAAUGGCAACGGUGGCAAGUGAGUCAUCUUCCACGCCACAGUCAUCGUACGAAGACGAGAAGCACAAAAAUGGUGAGAUAUCGCAGUUAGAGUUUUGGUCGAACGAGUACUUACACUGUGAAUCAAAAGGCUACAGAGCAAUGCCAAAACUCGAUCGCACGAUGACGGACAUUUACGCUGAUGAGCUUUAUAACCCGAGCAUCCAAUUCACCUCCGCUGCCCCGUCGUCGAAUACUAUCUCUACGACGCCAGUAUCGCCGCAGAACGAUAUCUUCUCUCAACGUCUCCAGACGGCAGCUAGCCAGCACUUGACUGCGCCGAAUACGCAAUCUCCAUUAUUGCUUCCAUCUAGAGGAGAUCGAUCGCCCUUUAGGCAAGGUUCGCCUCUUGCACCGACGGGCACCAGCUAUUCUACUCCAUCAUCCAAUUUGCGGUUUGGAACUGCGACACAUUUGAGGGAGCAACAGAAGGCAGCAAACGACGCGCGCGCACUUCAACAACAAAUAGAGCGGACCUCUCCCGUAGAUACAGCACCAAAAACGAUUUCACCAAAGGAAGUUGCUCUAGUUUACCAUGAAACCGAGGAAGAUUCGAAGGUUGGAUCACUGUUCAGACCACAGCAGCUUUCACCAAAUUCCAUGGGAGGCUCAAGAAACUUUCGCACCGAUAUUGAUGAGACAGCUUCUUCGCAGCAGAGUUAUGGCAGUAUGGCAACUACUAGGCGAGAGAGUUCUUCGUACUCCAACUCAUCCCAACCACAGCACAUGAAUUACGGUUUUGGUGUUCCAGCAGUGACCAACCGACAAAUCCCUCAACAGUACCCAUUUGUCCCACAAACUCAGCGACAGUCAAGCAAUCUUUCUGGCGUGAGCGAAGACUUUCCUGCUUCCCUGGCAGCUAUGGAAUCUAGCAGUAGCGAGUUUACACCUGCAUCUCCGGUACUUAAGAAACCGGCUGGUGCAUCUGCGGAUACAGGAACUUACACAUGUACUUAUCAUGGUUGUACUCUUCGUUUCGAUACACCAGCGAAGUUGCAGCGACACAAGAGGGAGGGGCAUCGAAACUCAGCGACCGUUGGAAGCGGGGCAGACGAAGGUGGAAUGACCUCAGCGGCGCAGCGGAACUCACAAGCGGGUCCUCACAAGGUAAGAUCUCUCUUUUCCCCAUUCAUCACUUUUACCACCUCCAUACACAGUCUUUUGGCGCUUCGCAAGGGUAGAGGCUAAUUGAUCAAUACAGUGCGAAAGAAUUAAUCCGUCAACGGGCAAGCCCUGCAAUACUAUCUUCUCCCGGCCGUACGAUUUGACCCGGCACGAGGACACCAUCCACAAUGCCCGCAAACUCAAAGUCCACUGUCCACUAUGUACCGAAGAAAAGACAUUCAGUAGAAAUGAUGCUUUGACCAGGCAUCUCCGAGUGGUGCAUCCGGAGCAUGUGGAAAUGAACAAAAGCAGACGGCGCGCGCAUGAUUGAGGAAUGAUACGAGGAUCUAUAGGAGAUGACCGAAAGUCACCACACUUCUCACCUUCCUUCUCUCUCGAUCCCUUAGGCCUCUAAAAUCCUACGAGUUCUCGUUGCUAACAUGCCACACUCAUGGCAUCACAUUCCACCAGUUCAUCCGCCUGGUCCGGUUCUCCCAAAGCUUUUUGACACGCAUCAUGGGUCGAUGCAAGGCGCAUCGCUUCCGAUGCAGGGACCAGAACAGCCGCCCCUCAUUUUGGGUGGACACACCGCGGAACAGACGGGGUCAACUCCGAAAUCUGUGGUGUUCUUGGUGAUGCCAACGCAACAGUGCGCAUAUUGAUGGCAUCCCUGUUGCGACUGUCAUUCGCCAAUUGGCAUUCCGACCUAAGGGUUGUGACAUCACCAUGAGGUCCCUUUCUUCGACGAAGGUUUCACCACGUUCAUGAUUAACGAACGCUAUGUCUUUCAUCGUGACGACGUCAUGCAAUCCCGAGGUUACCUCGAGUGUGUUAUGGAUGAAAUCUUUUCGGAUAGCUCGAUUUGUGCGAUUUUUUCUUUUUUUCUCUUAUGAUGAUGAUAUGAUAUGUGUGUACUUUUUCUUGGCGGGAUGCACAGCGGGGUUUACUUUACUUUUUCUUUUUUUCAUGGUUUUCGAUCUGGAAUCGAAAUUGCAGCGAGCCAAGUUUGACUGUUUUUUACAUUUUCCACUCUCCGAUUUCUGAUUGGUGCGAUGUGUAUAACACGAUUUUUUUCUCUUUCGACGAGUCUUUUUUGCCUGUGGCUUUGUUUCAUAAUACCUUUUUUAAAUUUGUGAUGAAUUGGCGGGGUACAAAAAAAAAGGAUGGAGUUCUUAAGACUAGAUUGUAUGAAUGAUGGAGAUUGAGUGUGUUUUAUUUUUUCUCUUCUUCUUUCCUUUUUCUUCUUCAAUCAUUUCAUCUUGUGUCUUUGUGCGUUUUUUCUCUAGUGUGCACGCUUUGUAUAUGAUGUGUAUUUCUAUCUAUCUCUUUCCUUUUUCCUCUUACGUUAUUUUCCAUGUGCGA